AUGAAUGGACAUUCCAUUAAAAUACAGAAGACUUUGAAGUACCUGGGCGUUGUUCUUGACUUCCACCUUUCUUGGGAGCAGCAUAUAAAAUACAUCUGCGACCGUGUUGGCCUCAUCUUCCACUCCUUUGCUAGAGUGGCCAAAAACAACUGGGGCCUUAACUCCGAAGCCAUGAGUGUAAUAUAUGACACUAUCUUUGUUCCCAUCGUGACCUAUGGCUGUGGCACUUGGGGCAAUGCCGCCGUGAAAUCCCAUCCACGUCGGAAGCUGAUCUCUGCCCAGAGGACAGCAUUACUACGCAUCGCUAAAGCUUACCGUACUGCUCCCAACUCCAGCCUACAAGUGAUUUGUAAAAAGCCACCAAUAGACCAGAUAAUAAAACUUUACAGCGAAGUCUGGAACAUCAAAUGGGGCAAUAACAUCACCACCAGCUCUACUACUAUUCAGGCAGACAUGCUCGAAUGCCCGAUCAACUACAGCAACUCACCUUAUCCUAAUGAACCUCCCAAUUUCAUCCAUAACUUUCACUCUCCUCCUUCCAUUGACAUCUACACUGACGGAUCAAAAAUCGACAACCAGGUGGGCUGCAGCUUUGUUGUUUUCCAGAAUGGAACGGAGAUCUUUAACCAAAGGAACCGGUUACACGGCAGCUGCUCUGUUUUCCAAUCUGAGCUGCUUGCCAUCAAGACAGCCAUCGAUUGGUGCUCCGUGAACUUCCACAACACCAACAUUGCACUACACUCUGACAGCAACUCCGCCAUCUCCCUCAUAAGUCACAGAAACCUUCACCCUAUUGCAUAUGUCAUCCACGAAGCUGUCAAAAACUGUAGCAACUCCUUCAGCAUCAACUGGGUCCAUGCCCACCAGGGCAUCAUCGGUAAUGAACGUGCUGACGCCCUGGCUAAAUCUGCUGCCACAGAUCAAACUCUCCCUAUUAUCUACAAUAAGCUCAGCCUGACCGCUAUCAAAAAGCUCCUUUGGAACGAUCUACUCAUCACCUGGCAAAAUAAUUGGGACAACAACCAAAACAUCACUUACCAGUUCUUCCCGGACAUCUCUGCAAUCUUCAACUAUAAAUGGAUCACCCCUAACUUCAAGCUCACCCAGUUUCUGACUAACCACGGCCGCUUCCACUCCUACAUCAGUCGAUUUGUGGAUCCAUAUAACAGUGGCCUUUGCACAACAUGCAACACUCAGGAUGGCAGCCUCCACUACAUUCUUCAUUGUGUAAUGCUGGACUUUGAGAGGACACAACUACAAUUGCUCAUUAGCAGUCGGCAUGGCCAUUGGCCACAAAAUAACCAUGAGUUCCUUAAUGAUUUGAUCAACAACAAGGACACUUACAACCAAUUUAUAACCCUAAUCGACCAGUAUAACAUCAAGACUAAUGUUCCCACUGGCACAUCAACUCUCACCUAG